UUCACCCCUUUGUUUUCCAGUACAAAAAGAUAUAUACAGUUCUGAUAUGGUGCAGAGUAUUUGCUUAUUUAGGCGAAGUUCAUUCACCUAGGUUGCAUAUGUCCUUGGUUCUUUGCUGGAAACACUUGAGUUUUUGCUUAGGCAUUAUAAAGGCUUACCAUUGAAACUGUUUUCCCUUUUGGUUUAGUAUGGGCCCUUAUCAGGUCUCUCAAAUGCUCCGGAUUAUAACCUUCUAUUCAACUCUGCUUCCUGGUCCAAACUAUCAUUGCCGUGAGGGCUCAAAACUUGCCAGGCUGCCUCCUCCAGAGAGUGCACUUGAAGUGCUCUUAAUCAACUUUCCCCGAGGAGUAAUGUAUGGUUGUGGUGAUUUGAUCUUUUCAUCACACAUGAUUUUUACCUUAGUAUUUGUGCGCACAUAUCAGAAAUAUGGAACAAAGAGGUGCAUUAAGCAGAUUGCUUGGUUAGUUGCUGUUAUUCAGAGCCUCCUGAUUCUAGCAUCUCGCAAACAUUACACUGUUGACAUUGUUGUUGCCUGGUACACUGUAAAUUUGGUAGUGUUCUUUAUUGACCAAAAAUUGCCAGAAUUGCCUGAUCGGUCCCUUGGUUCUACAUCUCAACAACUGCUACCAAUAAGCAGCAGAGAUAAGGAAAGCAAGAACAGAGAAGAGCUUGACAAAUUCCGGAAUGGAAAUUCUGCCAACAUUACCACUUGAGUCUGGAAAACCAGUAAAUAUUUCUUAUUGUCCCAUUUGGUUUGACCUCAUUUUGUGGAUGCAAACAUCAUUUGUAAUGCAUGUCUCCAGAUAGUAGGACCGACAAAUCUAAAGUUUCGCAAUAGGAACAUACUUAGCAUUAUAUGGUACAUAGAUGAGCAGCACAAGCUGAAGAUGGCUUUGCUGCUGUUAAAAGUCCUAAGUUGCUUCAACAGAUGCAAUAUUGUCUCUUUAGCGAGGCUGAUAAACGUAAUUUGUAUUAUUGCUGGAAAUGGAAUGGUUUAGGUUUUAGUAUGCUCAUGAGUAACCACUUUUUCACUGUUUAGUGUCACCCAUAUCAUAUUUGUGCAGCUAACUCUUACUCAUACAUAUACUGUCAUCAUAGUCAUCAUCAUUAUCAUCUUUGUCGUCAUCAUCGCAGAAAUGAAUUAUAGAGAUUGUAUGCACAAGAAUGAGUCUAGAAAAGUGGUAAUUAUGGAUGAAAUCCAAGUCAUUGUGUUGGAGCACCAGGUUGUCAUGUUUAAAAAGAUUGCUUCAAAAUUUGGUCCACAAAACAGGUUGUGUGGGGUGAAGAAUGGGAGAGGCAUCACAUACAAUACAAGACAAGAGGGCUUAGAAUUAUUCUCAAAGGGCACAGUAACUAGAGGAAGCAAUUUAGGGCUGGCAUGACCCAAUUAUGCAAUUUAAUAAUGCUUCUUGUCUCAUGGCCCACAAGGACCACCAACCCUUUUGCUUUCCAAGUGCCCUUUCUUUUUUUCCCAUGUAUAUUCUCUCUUUUCAUAGGUUGUUGAAGCAUGAUAUUGGAGACAGCUCUUGUUACAUCACAUGCCUCUCUUGCUUGCUUUCCCUUCACUAUCUGAGCGACUGUUUCUUUUUCCUUUUUAGCUGCAAGUCUCUUAACUUUUAGU